UGUUCCCAGAGAGGACCUGAAGCAGCUCUGUGGUCUUCAUCAGGACCCAGUGUUCCCAGAGAGGACCUGAAGCAGCUCUGUGGUCUUCAUCAGGACCCAGUGUUCCCAGAGAGGACCUGAAGCAGCUCUGUGGUCUUCAUCAGGACCCAGUGUUCCCAGAGAGGACCUGAAGCAGUUCUGUGGUCUUCAUCAGGACCCAGUGUUCCCAGAGAGGACCUGAAGCAGCUCUGUGGUCUUCUCAGUGUUUCCAGCUUAAAAGCAGAGACCCAUCCGGAGAAGGAGAACUGAGAGCAGCAUGGAGGAGAACAAAGAGACCCCUGGAGCUCAGAAACCGAAAGGAAGAGAGAGACGUCACAGCUGUCAGCAAUGUCACAAAUCCUUUACAACAUCUGGACAUUUAAAGAGCCACCUGCUUAUUCACACAGGAGAAAAACCUUACAGCUGUGAAGAGUGUGGGUCAACUUUCACUUCAUCAGGUACUCUCAAAUCACAUCACCGUAUUCAUACUGGAGAAAAACCGUAUAGCUGUGAAGAGUGUGGGAAAAGUUUCACUCAAUCAAGUGCUCUCAAAUCACAUCAACGUAUUCAUACUGGAGAAAAACCUUACAGCUGUAAAGAAUGUGGGACAACUUUCACUAGAUCAGAUGCUCUCAAAUCACAUCAACUUGUUCAUACUAGAGAAAAACCUUACAGCUGUGAAGAGUGUGGGACAACUUUCACUACAUCAGGUCAUCUCAAAUCACAUCACCGUAUUCAUACUGGAGAAAAACCGUACUGGUGUGAAGAGUGUGGGACAACUUUCUCUCAAUCAGGUGAUCUCAAAACACAUCAACGUAUUCAUACUGGAGAAAAACCGUACAGCUGUGAAGAGUGUGGGAAAAAGUUCACUACAUCAAGUGAUCUCAAAGCACAUCAACGUAUUCACACUGGAGAAAAACCGUACUGGUGUGAAGAGUGUGGGAAAAUGUUCACUACAUCAGGUGUUCUCAAAUCACAUCAACGUAUUCAUACUGGAGAAAAACCUUACUGGUGUGAAGAGUGUGGGACAACUUUCACUCAAUCAGGUGCUCUUAAAACACAUCAACGUAUUCAUACUGGAGAAAAACCGUACGGGUGUGAAGAGUGUGGGAAAACGUUCACUAGAUCAGGUACUCUCAAAUCACAUCACCGUAUUCAUACUGGAGAAAAACCGUUUAGCUGUGAAGAGUGUGGGAAAAGUUUCACUCAAUCAAGUGCUCUCACAUCACAUCACCGUAUUCAUACUGGAGAAAAACCUUACAGCUGUGAAGAAUGUGGGACAACUUUCACUACAUCAGGUGCUCUCAAAUCACAUCAACUUGUUCAUACUAGAGAAAAACCUUACAGCUGUGAAGAGUGUGGGACAACUUUCACUACAUCAGGUCAUCUCAAAUCACAUCACCGUAUUCAUACUGGAGAAAAACCGUACUGGUGUGAAGAGUGUGGGACAACUUUCUCUCAAUCAGGUGAUCUCAAAACACAUCAACGUAUUCAUACUGGAGAAAAACCGUACAGCUGUGAAGAGUGUGGGAAAAAGUUCACUACAUCAAGUGAUCUCAAAACACAUCAACGUAUUCACACUGGAGAAAAACCGUACUGGUGUGAAGAGUGUGGGAAAAUGUUCACUACAUCAAGUGCUCUCAAAACACAUCAACGUAUUCAUACUGGAGAAAAACCGUACUGGUGUGAAGAGUGUGGGACAACUUUCUCUCAAUCAGGUGCUCUUAAAACACAUCAACGUAUUCAUACCGGAGAAAAACCGUACGGGUGUGAAGAGUGUGGGAAAACGUUCACUAGAUCAGGUGCUCUCAAAUCACAUCUUCGUGUUCACACACUCCUAAAACCAUAGUGGUGUUAAGAGUAUGGGAAAACUUUUUCUUAAAGUAUUCACCUUAAAGUCCAUGAGCGAGUUUCACUGUUCAUUAAUCUGCAGAGUAGUUUCUCCAAUAAUCUGUUUGUUUAAUCAAAUGUUGUGACUUUAAACUUUGAUUGGGAUGUUUUUGAUAGUUCCUGUUGAGUUAGCAGUCUGUUCUGGUCUAAAAGAGCCAUUCAUGUAUCUAGAACACAUUUACGAUGUUUUCAGUCUGAUCCUAUUCUCUUGUUAAAAUGAUCAGACUACCAAAAAUAAAAUGGCCUUCGAAACAGACUCGCAACCCUGCAUAUCUGUUGUGUUUUGCAGCAUAUUAUAAACAUGUCAUUCCCUUAUUUUCAAAUACCACAGGUUGUGUAGUGAUGUAUUUGAGGUGUACUGUCAAAUAAAAUAAAAUCAAAGUUUAUUUAUAAA